AUGUCGCUCUCAAGAAAAAACACUGGCCUGGUACGCGAUGGCUCUAAAAGCACAUGUAUGGGCGAAGAGCAGUUCAACGCCAUAGAUUCUGAGAUGGUUUACCGGCAACCAAAAUUGAAGGUGGCGGUCGUCAACAAUCCAGAGCUAUCAAGCUCCUGCCCAACAAAGGAAGGUGGGGGACUUGCCCAGACAAGACAAUUGUCCGUGCCACCUGUUUCAUAUGGCUUCAAAUUGAAUGACAGAGUAGUGACGGAUAAAAAUAUAGCCAUCCGUUCGACACUGCUUCGCUAUGAGAAGCCAAAAGUAGUAUGGAAGUGGCCUCAACGAGGGGAUAUUCGCUUAGCCAUCGCUCGUUGUUCUCAUCUUGAAGCGGAACUCGCUCACCCGAGGAAAAAAAGGGAAAUGAAGAGCCAUAUGAAUUCAACAAUAUCAGAAGAAGAGGGCCUGUUCUUCAUCAAAAUAUCAUUCUACUCGUCCAUUCUGCUCACAAUCGUUUCCAUUGUUGCACUGGCUGUGAAUCUCUAUUUACUCAACUGUUCCCGCUAUCUACGGAGGCCGAUCGGGGUGAAUUUACGAUUGUGCGUAAGUCUGACUGCGUCAGACGCUUUAUGUGCAUUCUUCUAUAUCCUAACCUACCUGAUCAAUGUUAUUCUGCCGAAUUUGCUUUCAAACUGUGUUCAAGUUGGCUACGUUUUUCGCAUCCGUUUUCACUUUGUUAGCGCUGGCAUUGAAUCACUACAUUGGAAUAACUGUGACACCCACGGAAACGUUCGAUGUCUACUAGCUCUGCUUACUUUGUGCCUUCAAACAGUCUCCUGUCCAUGUUUUGUACAGUACCGGUGGUUUCGAGCUCCGAUCGCAUUCGCUUUCUUCUCCAAAGACGGCUGCAGAGGCAUGGAACUAAGAAAUGUCGUGGUGCGAUGGGUGCUCGUGGCACCGUUUAUACUGUUCGUACUGCUUAUUUCGUUCCUUUACCUACAUAUUCUCGUUCAUAUGCAUAACGUCUCCAAAGAUCCUUUGCUGAAGGCGAAAAAAACUAAAAGAACGACGAAUCGUAAGCUUCUCGUCACUAUCAUGCUUCUAGCCGGAUCCGCUUGCCUUGGUUGGUUACCGACAACCGUGCUCUUCGUUCUAAUAUGUGAUAGCUGCCUAUUUCAGCUUCCUUUACGGGCAACUAUGUAUCUCCGAAUUCUAAGCCAUUUGCUCAAUGUGUUGAAAUUGAUCGCUGACGCCUUUAUUUAUGCUAGCCGUUUAGUUGAAAUCCGCUAUGCCAUGUGGAUAUUCCAUGCAAGUGUUUAUAGGAAAUUUAGCGGUAUCUUUGGUUGGAAACCGCUGCCGAGACCGAUUCCACCAGAAUUCACACGCUACCUCAGCGAAACAACUGAGCAUCGAUCGAUUCGAAAUAAGAGGGCACAUGUUAUACAAAACAAAUUCUCAGGUCGUACCAUCAGGAAAAGCUCAGUGAAUUCGCGUGACGUAAUUGACGUUACUACUUCGCUGUCUCCAAAAGCUCGAGGUUCAUUCGACGGCAGGCCGGUGUCUAUUCACCUAAGCAUCACGGAGACGGUCUAG